CGUCAUGGGCGGCCUCUUUGGGGGCGCCGCGCUGCGGGGGCUGCGCUGCUGGCUGCGCGCCCCAGGCCCUGGCCUGCUCGCGCGCACCUGCUCGGGAGGGCCCUCUUGGACCCGGGAGCGGACCUUGGUGGCGGUGAAGCCAGAUGGGGUGCAGCGGCGGCUGGUUGGGGAUGUGAUCCAGCGCUUUGAGAGGCGGGGCUUCAAGCUGGUGGGGAUGAAGAUGCUGCAGGCGCCUGAGAGCGUCCUUGCUGAGCACUACCAGGACCUGAGGAGAAAGCCCUUCUACCCAGCCCUCAUCAGCUACAUGAGCUCCGGGCCAGUAGUGGCCAUGGUCUGGGAAGGGUACAAUGUGGUCCGUGCCUCAAGGGCCAUGAUAGGACAUACUGACUCUGCAGAGGCCGCCCCUGGGACCAUCCGGGGAGACUUCAGCAUUCACAUCAGCAGGAACAUCAUCCACGCCAGUGACUCCAUAGAGGGGGCCCAGAGAGAGAUCCAGCUGUGGUUCCAGAGCAGUGAGCUGGUGAACUGGGCAGACGGUGGCCAUCAGAGCAGCGUGUACCCAGUCUGAGAGCUCAGGCUGCCCUUGGCCACCCCAGCGUCCAACCAGGACCAACUACCUCGGUCAAUAAGAACUCAAGCCCACGCCUAUACCUGUCUCCCAAAUCACUUCCCUGUUCACCUGCUGCACCCCCAGCUUGGAGGAGUUUGAGCCACCAACUUUACGUGCCUUUCUGUAUCCCAACCAGCAUUAAGAUUGGAACAAAUCUUUUCUGUACCAAAGUGCCAGACAACCUUUGGGGUGUCUUCAAAGGUGGGUGGUAUAACUGCUUCUCCCCCAAAGUGGAGAUA